CAACAGUUUUGGCGUCACAGUUCGGAUAGCCUUGUGAACCGCACCGCUGUGAACUGUCAUCCGUUAGUCGGCUUUACUUGUACCUGUGGUUCGUGACAGUUUACGCUCGCCUCGCCUGGUCAAACUGAUCGUUCAACGCGGCCCUGUUCCCUCGACGAGCAUCCAACAUUCCUUUCGCCAAUCGACAGUUUUGUCGACAUCGCAUUUAAAUUUUUUACGCAAUCAACCUGACAUAUCUAACCUACCAGUCACUCCUUUGCACUUCGCAGGAUGAGAACUGACACUUCGCUUGCGAUCCUCGCAUCGGUGAGCGGCGCCGCUGCCUUUUGGCGCAUGGAAUGCCGCGGCCGUGUCGCCCUCGCUCGUCUUGAUCCCCUGAUUGAUCCCGGCGUCCCAUCGAAGCACGCCCACGCGAUCCACGGGUCUUCAGGUUUUGGCGCAAGCGCCACGUACGAGGACCUUCGCAAUGCAGAUUGCACCUCUUGCGCUGUGGUCGAAGACAUGUCAGCCUACUGGGCGCCGGCCGUCUACUUCAGGCAUGCCAAUGGCUCAUACCAGGAGGUUCUGCAGGAUGGUGGCAUGCUUGCCUACUACUUCCUGAAUCCCGACCUCAAGGAUCCCAGCAAAGGCAUCAAGGCGUUCCCCAACAAUUUCCGUAUGGUCGCUGGUGACACUAAUCGGCGCAACUACUCGGUUGGCGGGCUCGACGUGAAGAUGCCGGACCCGCCCAAGUCGAACUGGGCUUCAUUGGGCCAGACGAGCCAAGCCGAUCUUGCCCAGCGCGCGAUCGGCUUCAACUGCCUCAACUACGCCACUGAGCCGGAGCCAUCUCUGUACCGCCACUACCUGCCCGACAAGCAGUUCCUCGAUGAAAAGUGCAAGGACGGAGUUCGCUUUGAACUUUCCUUCCCUUCCUGCUGGAACGGCAAGGACAUCAGCUCCCCGGAUCAAAAGUCUCACGUCGCCUACCCCGACACAGUUCUUAAUGGAAACUGCCCCGAGGGUUUCGACGUGAAGCUUCCCGGCCUCUUCUUCGAGACCAUCUGGAGAACUCAGGACUUCGUUGGCAUUCCGGGCGAGUUUGUCAUCUCCAACGGAGACGUUCAGGGCUUUGGCUACCACGGCGACUUCAUCAGCGGCUGGGACGAAGACCACCUUCAAGCUGCGGUGGAUCAGUGCACUGCAACCAGUGGCAAGAUUUCGGACUGCCCUCUCUUCACCAUCCUCAGCGAGCAAGAACAGAAGGAGUGCCGGAUGCCUACUCCUCCUAUGAUCGCGAGUGAGAAGCUUAGCGGCCUGAUUGGCGAUACCCUCCCCGGCAAUGUUGCUAUUGCAUACGGGCCCGAACCCGCGAACCACAAUAAGCCGCUGCCCGACCCUCUUCCCGCCUUGUCCAGUGUCGUGGAUAACAUCCUCCCUGGCGGCGUGUUCCAAGAGAAGCAGACUUCGAUUUCGACUUCCGAGGAGCCGACUUCCACUCCUACCACUACCCCUACUACCACCGUCACCCCGACGCCAUCGGAGCCUCCUGUCCCCGAGGGUUACGAAGCUGUCCGCACCGACUAUGUUACCAACGGUAACGUGGUCAGCAAGAUCGUCGUCAUCGAGACGGUCGAGACCGUCAUGUUGGAGACCGCUACGGUCACGGUCACGGCAACCCGUACUGCCGAGAUUGAGCGCCGUGAGGUGCACCUGCACCAGCAUCUCCACCACCGCCACCACCAUGGCUUGCAUUAAAGAUGCCAAUCAAUCUCUUGGUUUUCCUGGUGCGACCGAUUCUCUCUAGGACCUUCUUCGCUGCACAUAUGAGAUGUCAUGCUUCCGUUCUU